AUGGCUGAUCCCCGCUAUGGCUCCUACAGGGAUCUAGCCAAGAACUAUGAGAAGCAACUGGAUACCCUGUUUGAACAGCGGAUCUUCAAGCCGAUCUUUCUAUAUCAUGUUGUCAUCCUUCACAUUCUACCUUUGAUAGGUCUGGUCAUUCCUCGUAGUAGGGGCGGUCAAUAUGUUCGAAAGGGCCUUUUCGUCCUUUGUAUUGCAAUUGCAAUUGAAAUUCUACAAAACCGACGGGCAAUCAUCGGCGGAAAUGGCUAUAUGCUUGGCCUGAUUACUGCGUGGUGGUUAGUAUGGAAUACCACGUUAUUUGUGUUUACAGACCUUGAACAUGAUUUCAAGCGCAUUGAACGGAAACCUGUCGAUAUAAAGCCUCAAAAUGAUGCCAAUAUUGAACCUAGUACUGUCACAAAGUCACCCGACUUGAACAAUCCAACAUACACACAGUGGGACAGCACCCUUUUUGUUUGGCGGUCAUAUCCCGAAAAAUUCUGGCAUCGUCUUGAAUGGUCCGCUGGACUGCUCUUCAAUCUGAGGGGCCCAGAAUGGAACUGGCGGGCUCCCCAUCUGGGCCCUCUUCCACGACCAAUUCACGACCAAUUGUGUUCAGGAUUCAUGGAUAGGAUCAACGCACAUGAACCCUCCACAUAUCCCAGCGGUAAACGCCGCCUACAGACUGCCUUUCGAAAGUUUUUCAUAUCUUACCUUGUGCUUGACACCUUGAAAGUCAUAAUCCUGAUGCCGGAUCCCUACUUCCGAGGCCUCAGUUCAGCCGAUUCAUUGGCACCAUUUCCUUUCUUCUACUUCACAAAUCUCAAAUUGCAUCCUGCCAUGGCCCAGCUCUGUCAACGCCUAUACAGCGCCAUAAGUGUAUAUUUUGCUCUCGAGUUUGUAACCUCACUGAACCCAAUCUUCUUCCUCGGGCUAUCUCUCGCAUUCCCCAACGGGGCUAAGAAGCUUACCGUGGCACCGUUGGGUGCUGCGUGGCUAUAUUCUGAUGCAUUCGGACCAUUCUUCAUCCCGGUCCUUGAUGAAGGAUUGGCGGGCUGCUGGGGUCGUUGGUGGCACCAAAUUUUCCGCUACGGAUUUGUUGCUUCGGCACGCUGGAUCUUAUCCAUACUACCAGUCGGCUUAGGUUCCCAUCCGCAAGUCCGUCGUGUCACUUACGUGAUGGUGGCGUUCUGUCUCAGCGGCUUUGUACAUGCCUGUGGAAGCCACACCCAGAUUGCAGAUACAUCCCCCGUGCCCGGGACAUUCCUAUUUUUCGCUUUGCAGGGUGUUGCAAUUAUGACAGAGCAGUUUUUCAAGACGUCUAUCUUUCCAAAAUCGCCUUUUGCUGGUACGCCGAGAUGGCUAAGACGAACGGCGAACUUUGUGUUUGUAUUUUGUUGGUUGAUGGCCUCGGGUGGCCUCGUUGCGGAUGACUUUGCGAAGGGUGGCCUAUGGUUGAUGGAGCCUCUUCCAAUUAGUCCACUUCGUGCAUUGGGAUUUGGGCUACAGGGCCAAGGUUGGUGGUGCUGGGAUCAGCCCUGGUUUCGGUACUGGAGUGAUGGUACAUACUGGGGGAGUGGCAUACGGGUGUUAUAG